UGAACAGAAUAAAUAUAUUUUUCCCACAUUAAAAAUAAAAUAUAACGACAAUCCUAAAAUAACUUUUUCUCUCCUAAUAAAAUUUCGCGUCCAAUCAAAUACGCGUAAAUUGAUAGGGGUUGGGAGUGAGAGGGGACCAAUUAAUAAAGUAACCUAACUUAUAAGACCAAAAAAAAAGAGGGUUAAGUUUAGGUAGUAACAAAAUUUUAUUUUAUUUUUAAAAAAAAAUGUUUUCUUCUUCUUCAGCAUCAUCAAAUCCAUCUCUCCGGGUGAAAAUUCCGGUGACCGGAGAAGGAAAAUUGAGAAUAAAUGUGAAAUCUCCGACGUCGGAGAUGUAUACGGAGGUUAAAGAAUCAGAUAAAGUGAAAGAUUUGGAGAAAUUGAUUAAAAAAGCAUGGGGAGAUAAUGAUAAUUAUGUAUCACUUUAUUAUAAUUCAAUUAAAAUGAAUAGUGAUUAUUUAUUAUCUUUUUAUAAUUUGAGAGAUGGCUCUAUUAUUACCGUAUCUCUUCUCGCUGAACCACCUCAUCAUCAUCAUCAUCGUCUUCAUCAUCAAUCGAAAUCUUCAUGUGAAACCAAGAAAAAUGUCAAAUUUCAAGAGGAGACAAACAGCACCUCCAAUGGUGAAAUUAAUGGUUGUCAAAGCUUUUUAUUUCAUAUGGCAAAGAUGUCAUCUCAAUUUUGCUCUUCCAUAUUUUCAAGACAUUAAAUUAUGUAUCUGAGAGAAAGUGGAAGGAGUUCGAAAGACGAAUCGUCGUUACAUAUAUCAAUAAAAUCGAGUUAAUAUGUUAUUACUAUCGAUAUUUAUUAACUAAACAUUCUAAGAUUUUACGUUAGUUUUUUCUACUUUAUUUGUACUCCUAUAAGAUCUACUUAUUUUGACAUUAGUCUUCAUUCUCUCUUAGGGUUUUAAAUAUUUUGAAAGUUAAAUCGGGCGAAAAACAUAUAAAAUAUUUUGUCUUUUUGAGUUUCA